AAUAUUAGGGAGGGUGAUGUACAUGUUUUAGGUAAACAACAAAAAAAAAAAUCACAUUUGCGUGACUCUUUGAAAACCAUAUUGCAUGUGAAAAUGUGAAACUAAAAAUAAAUGGAUUUUCUUCUAUUAAAAUGAUCUCAUUAUAUCACUGUCUUGUUCUCUGAAGUUUUCUCAUUUCUCACCCUUCUAAAACAUCCUCUCCUCCUUCACUAUCAAUGGCGAACUUUUUGCCCCCAUCCGUCAAAAUUCCAUCAACCUUCUUUCCUGAAGUUGGGUCAAAAUUUCAUGAUUUUACAAUUGUAGAACACGUAGGAGCAGGAGGAUUUGGAAAUGUGUAUUUAAUAAAGCGAGAAGAGGAGUCAUUUGCUUUGAAACUAAUUCCAGUUGCAAAGGGGGAGUUAUCUAAAGCAGUGAUAAGGGAAAUAUCACUGCUUUAUGAUGUUGAACACCAAAACAUCGUUAGGUUGAUAACCGUUUUCGUGGAAAGAGAAAAUCUCUGCUUGAUUAUGGAGUAUGUUGGUGCAGACCUGCAGGGUGUAAGUUGUCCUAUAGAGGACAAUGACAAAAUUAAGGAUUGGAUGUACCAAAUACUUUGUGCCGUUUCUUACCUUCACGAGAGAAAUAUUGUUCACCGCGAUCUGAAGCCGGGCAAUAUUCUCAGGACCGAAGAUGGACGGUUAAAACAAGCGGAUUUUGGUCUUUCUCGAGGCCAUUUGUUUCCCGGAGCACAAAUUACUCCCCUGGAAGCAACCCCUGAAUUUAGUGCCCCAGAGCUUUUACUCGGCUCAGGGAUGUAUACUACAGCCAUAGACAUGUGGUCUGUGGGUUGUAUUUUUUAUGUGAUGAUCGUAGGUGAAAACCCCUUUAGUUCUUAUGCUAUGAUUGCAAAUAUGUUCCAGUCUAACCCGCCAUCUGAUCAUAAGUCAACAGUGAUUCUUGAUACCAUAUUUAGGCUGUUAGGUACGCCCACGGAAUUAAGCUGGCCGGGUGUCACCCAGUUCCCCAACGAGUAGGGAAGUUUACGGUGUAAAGGAGUUGGAUGUUUUAUUCAGGAGAAGAAGAGAGGGACCUACUAAAGAGAUUGCUGUGCGUUAAUCCUAACGAUAGGAUUAGCGCAAAGGAUGCUCUCAGUCAUCCAUACUUCAAGGACCUAUGAAGAAUUGGUUUAAUACUCUUAUCACAAACAUUUCCCGUUAACUUACUUCCGCUUCCAUAAAUUACUUGUAUUAUUCAUCGUUAAUUUUUCCGUAACGAUUUUUAAGAUGUAUCGGUAAUUAAUCAUGAAAAUACGCUUAUUUGUUAAUCAUACACUUUUAAAUCCUCCAUUCUAUAAAGACCUUACUUUUCGUUCAA